UGCAGUCUGCUUUAUUUUUCCUGAGUGACAGGAUCCUCUUCGGCUGUGGACUGACAGUCUGACGGACAGGUUAUCUCGCGGGAUUUAUCACAACUCCACAGCUAUGGGACCUCUGUAGCUAUGUUAGGUAGCUAUUUGUCUAGUUAUUUAUUUUCAAAUUGUAUGGUAACUUUUCGGGGUCUUGCGCGAUGGAGUACGGAACGGGAGGACGCAGUAGGAUCCUCCGUGCGCUUUGGAGAACAAGGAUGUGUAUGUGAAAGUGGACGGACUGGGGCCAGUUAUGGAGCCUGAGCUGAACUGCAGCUCCCAGUGUGAUUCCCCACUCUGCUUCAUCCACUCAGGAGUCAACAGACGGGAGGGCCUCGACAUCCUGCAGAGACUAUGCGGUCUCAGCACGGUGGCAGUGGAGCUCCCCCGGCGGUCUCUCUCCCCGGUGUUAUGUGCUGUGAUGUGGACGCUGCUCUCCUGUGGCAUCCUGCUGGCUUUCUGCUUCCUCCUCUUUACCUUGCGCUUCAAAAACAACAGAAUAGUGAAGAUGUCCAGUCCCAACUUGAACGUCCUGACUCUCUUUGGAAGCGUCCUCACCUAUAUCAGUGGCUUCUUGUUUGCUGUUGAUGAACGGACACACUCGCACGGUGAAGCAUCUACAGCAGUGUUGCAGGCUCGGAUGUGGACCCUCUGUGUUGGCAGUACCCUGGUGUUUGGCCCUAUUUUGGGGAAGACAUGGAGACUGUACAGAGUGUUCACCCAGCGAGUGCCUGACAAGAGAGUGAUCAUCAGAGACAUCCAGCUGAUGGGUUUGGUGGGUCUGUUGAUCCUGGUGGACUUCCUGGUUCUCACUGUGUGGAACCUCACAGACCCCAUCAGGUGUUCACGCUCUCUCAGCGCUGCAGUCAAAGUAGAAUCUAAUGUGGUGGAGAGAGACAUUUCCUACUCUUUGUCUCAACUGGACACCUGCUCCUCUCUUUAUUCACAUCUUUGGGUGAUCCUUAUAAUAGUUCAAAAGGGUUGUCUCCUCCUCUAUGGCACAUACCUAGCUGGCCUUACCAGCACCGUCAGCCACCCUCCAGUCAACCAGUCUCCCACCAUCAUAACAGCUGUCACCCUGGUCACCCUCUCCUCCGUGGUGGCAGUUCCUGUCUCCAUUUUUCUGCAGGGUUAUCCUAAUCUUGUCUACAGCACUGUGGCAGGAGCCAUUUUCAUCAGCACACUGGCUACCAACUGCAUGCUGUUUGUACCGCAGCUGACACAGUGGAGGCAGUUUGAAGAGGAUCAGAACAACCCGAGUCAGAUGGCAAAAUAUUUCAGCAGCCCCAGUAAGAGCCAGCCAUCGGUGUACAGCCAGGAUGAGAUCUACUACCUGCUGGGGGAGAACAACUCCAUGAAAAAGCUGCUGAAUGAGAAAAACGCUGUGAUUGACGGUCUGCAGGAGCAAGUGAACAACGCCAAGGACAAACUCCUGCGACUCAUGUCAGCCAGCCGGCCACCUGAGGACCAAGACAUGGAGUCCUCAAACACCAACCUCAACUCAUCCUCCACUCAGACCACAGAGCUUCAGUCUGACCGGGUCUCUUUUUCCUCUCUACCUCAGAAGGACACUCAAUCCCAAUUUGCCCCACCCCCCGUCACUGCUGCUGCUGCUGCUGCUGUUCCAUCAUCUGCAAUUACACCUUGCUCGGCUUCGAAAUUUCCAGCACCGAUUUCCGUCAUCUCUCCUCUCUCUGAUGAUAUUUGUGAGGGUGGAAACACUAAAAGUGUUGCUGCUGGUUGCACUACAGGCGGAGACACAGCUGAGUCCAGAACAGAGGGCCCUAAAGAGCCUGCGUCCCUCAAGCCUCAUGGGUUACUCAGGACAGCAGAAGAAACAGUUCACUUUGUCACUUCCUUACAAUCCCACAGAGGAUUUAACCCCACUCAGGUUGAGCCUUUCAACAACCAGAGGGGCCUAAGACUUCAUCUGGGACCAAGUGCAAGACCAGCUGGUUUUGUCAGCAGCGAGCAGUUGCAGGAGAUCCUUCAGGAGCUGAGUGUGGACGCCAUCAUGGAAACCACACUUCGAUCUCCGGGACAGGCAUCCAGAGCGUCCUCCCAGCUGAAAUACCCUGCGUCUGCACUCUCCCCUCUAUCGCUGCGGACUCCACGCUCCCCUCAUCCACCUCUUCUCUUCCGUUUUCCCAGCAUCUCCCCUUACGCGAUGAGGAAACGUCGGCCACCCUUCCGCUCCUCCAGGAGAGGUUUUGCCCCUUCCUGCUUCUACAAAGGGUCAGAAGCAGCAGGCUGUGAGGGGAUACGGGAGAAAUGUGGCAUCCAGGAGCGAGGAAAGCGCUCUGAUGGGGCCACACGGGAAGGUACCCUCACCCAGGUGGAAGACUCUGACCUGGAGAGGGAGGAAGGAGAUGAGGAGGAGGAUGUAGAAGGAAAUGAAGCAAGGAGAAAGUGUCGGAGGUGUGUUUUAAGGUCCCACAGAUUUCCCAAAGCUCCACUGGAUAUCGAAGCAGGUGGGGAAAACAGUCACAACAGGCGGAUGAGAGACUCCUGUGGGUACUGGGACUCCGACUCCAGCAGCUCUACAGACUACUGUUACUACCACCGUCCGUACUGCGACUCCUGCCUGCAGCGAGGCUCCCUCCUGUCCUCUGACACCUCCUCGGACUCCUCCGACAGCGAGUACGAGGGCUAUGCUGACCCUUUCCGCUCCCCGCACCCUGUGGUGUUCAAAGAAGACCUUAAACCUACCUUUGUGUGAGCACAGGGUUACUGCACUUUACACCGUCAUCCAUUCUAACCUCUUGAAUUCACGUGCGGAGACACAGUUAGCUCUGAGGAUAGAGCAGGCACAAAGUUCACAGUGCAUAAAGCUUACGUGCGUAAUUUGACUUUAGAUGCAAUGUGUCUUUUGCAAUCUCUACAAGAGUUGAUUCGUAUUCUUGAAUUUAGAAGCCUGGGAUGGAGUGGCUCUUGUAAGUCAUUAUGUAGCUCUUUUUUGAUAUCACGUUGGGCAUUAUUUGUGUAUUUCUGUUGUCAAAGAAAAGUCCUCACAUUCCAAAAAUGUUUGACUUCAACAUGUACUGCAGAGUGAAAGUUUGAGGUGUGCACUGUAUUAGCAAUUGUGCAAAUUCUGUAUUUAUUGAAGUAUUUAUUAGGAGAUUUUUUUGUGGUGUACAGAAUGUCUUUCUGUCUCUGUAUGUUUGUUUUGCGUUGUCAAACACAUUUCUUAAAGUUAUUUCACAUUUUUUAUACUCUGCAUUUUGUUGUUUGAGUUUGAUUCACUGUUUAAAUCUAUAUAUACCGCCAAGACAUUCCUCUGCAUUUUGUUUUCAGAUCUGUGUUGGCUUCACAAGACACCACAGACGCCACACAGCGCCCUGCUAUCACUCUACUCUCCUUAAUUACUUUCCACAAUGUGUAAGUCCUGACUGAUUGGGAGUACCCAGUGUACAAAGGUCACAGUUAUCUGAAGUGUGUGCCACUUGUGUGAGAAAGACAGAGAGCUCUCAUGCCCUUUGAUUUCCAGGCCUCUUUUCUUUAUAUCCUCGGAACUUAUUUAGGCCUGGGUUCACCUGCUAGUAGAUGUAAAGGCAAAAAAGAGUCUCUACUCAACCCCCAUACUCACCACCUUA